ACGCUGUGUCUGCCGUGCUGCGGGUCUUCUACUAUGUAUACUGGGACGUGGCAGUUCGACUGAUUACAACUCUUCGGCCACUUAAGGAUACCCAUCGCCAUUCUGAACGGUCUCAUCUCCGGCAUUCAUUCUACUCUUCAGGCGUGCUGAAGGAUCUAUAUCCACUCAACACACGCCAUCAAGAUCGGCAGGAUGGCAGGCCUCUUCUUCCGGCAGUUCUGGGCGUUGUUUUGGAAGAAUUGGAUCGUAAUGUCCAAGCAUCCUUGGUUAAACGUACUAAGAUGCUUCAUCAUGCCCAUCGCGUACGGUGUCUUCUUGGCCGUCGCCCAAAUCUUCCUCAACAAACCUAACAACUACGGCCUUGGCACAUCCAUACCCGUUCCCCGCCUUGUUGACGUCUUCGACGGAUCGCUUGCCUUGGUAUGGGCCGACGGCACGAAUGGCACGGGAACCAAUCCUUCCGCGCACGACAUCAUAUCCCAUAUGACAAGUGGGUUCUCCAGCAAGCAAUUGCGUGCAGUCCGACAGCUUGAAUCUCCCGACGACAUUCCCUCCGCAUGUCCCCAGAACUUCAAUCUGUUCUCAGAGUGCUUUGCCGCCGUCGCAUUUAACUCCCUCCCUGGCCCGGACGGAACGCUGCCACUGAACUACACCCUCAGAGGAGAUGGCGGGCUAUUCCAUAUCGACGUCACGAAGCAUUCCAGCGACUAUGAGAAGAGGCUUCUGCCGCUCCAAUGGGCUGUUGAUAGCGCUAUCAUUGAACUCCAAACUGGUACAACUCCUCAGACGCCACUGGAGUGGCCAUUUACUCAAGAGACUAAUACCGAGCAAUUUACCGAGAUCCGACUAAGUUAUAUUAGGGGACUGCGGACGUUGCUAGUACUUGCGCUGUUCAUAUGCUUUGUCGGUAUAUCCUAUCAACUACCGGGAUCGUUUGGAGGGGAGCGGGCGAAUCUCUUGACUGCGCAUCUGAAGGUCAUGGGUCUCCUUGACUCGGCCCGCAUAAUCUCUUGGCAUAUUAGUAUCUCCCUCGCAUAUCUCCCAGCAUGGAUCAUCGUCGCCAUCAUUUGGCACUUCCGUAUCUUCACAGCGACGAACGUCGGGCUUAUAAUUGUCGUCCAUCUUCUGUUUGGCCUCACGCUCGCUAGCUGGUCGUUCUUUGUCGCCACUCCCUUCGGCAAGAGCCCCCAGCUCGCCGCCGUUGCAUCAACGUUCCUCGCUAUCGUGUUCGCCAUCCUCGCGCUCGUGUUCAGCCAUGCGAGCACAGGCGCGGCAUUCAUCUUCACAAUCAUCUUCCCGCCUGGGUUCUACAUCUUCGCUAUACGUGCGAUCUGUGGCUGGGAGGUGCACCAGCUCGCGACGGAUGUCAUCCAGCCCGACCCGGAUAAUUCGCUCAGGCUCCUGCCGCUAAUCAUUGCUGCCAUUAUCGACGUCUUCCUCUGGCCAUGGCUCGCUGUGCUUUGGGAAAGCCGGCUUUACGACGCCCGCAACCCGUCUAGUCGCUCCUGGUGGUCUCGCUUGCGCAGAAAGACAGCCGCCCAGGAUGGCGUGCCGCCUAAUGGUCCCGACAUCGCGAUCUCCAUCCGUAACCUUGGCAAGGACUUCAAGCCGUCGUUCUUCAAGAGCGACAAGGACGUCGUCAUCGCCGUGUCGGACCUCAGCCUCGACAUACCGAAGUUCGGCAUAUACGUCCUCUUGGGCUCGAAUGGCGCCGGGAAGUCCACGACGAUGUCCAUUCUGGCCGGUCUUCUCGGCCGUACCCGCGGCACGGUGACAUUUGAAGGCGGAGUCGAGCGCCCUCCGCGAGGCACGAUCGGGAUUGUCCCGCAGAAGAACGUGUUGUUCCCCGAGCUGACGUGCUAUCAGACCCUGCGCUUGUGGAAGGCGGUCAAACGCGCGGACAACAACAGCGACGAUGAUGUCGAGCUGCUGUUAAGAGAUUGUGAUCUGGGGAAGAAGAUUCACUAUAAUGCGGAUGCAUUGAGCGGUGGGCAGAAGAGGAAGCUGCAGUUGGCGAUUGGGCUGAUUGGGGGAUCCAAGAUUAUUCUGGUUGACGAGUGCACGUCAGGAGUCGAUCCGCUCUCCCGCCGAGCUCUGUGGCGGACGCUCAGCUCUGUUAGGAACGACCGCACGGUGGUCUUCACAACGCAUUUCCUCGACGAGGCCGAUCUACUGGCAGACACCAUUGCCGUACUAGCGGCCCCUGGUAAACUCGUUGCUCACGGUACUCCUGUCGCGCUGAAGUCAAGCCUCGGCGAAGGUUAUACUGUGGUUGUGUCAUUCUCCCCCGACGAAAAAGGGAAGGCGCCGCGUAUUGCGGAAGUUGACCUCUUGGAGCGGAUCCAUGCCAUCGCCCCCCUCGCUUAUACCUCAUCGUCUUCGCCAAACGAGGUCUCAUAUCACCUCAAACUGAAGGAUGCCGCUAUCGUCCAGAAGGUGCUCGAGCUAGUGGAGAGCAAUCGCGAGCAGUACGGCGUGGCAAACUAUUCGGUCAUGGGAACCUCCAUCGAAGACAUCUUCCUUGGUCUGAUGCACGAUUCCUCCCGCUCAGGACUGAAGGAGAAAGACAAGGAGAGUGAGUUGGAGAACGCGGAUUCGUCCGCCACCCCGUCUCUCGCACAUACUCCGGAACCCUCCGCCACUCCACAAUCCGCAGCGGUCCUUGAGCUGACGAGUGGCCGGCGCCGCUCGCCAUUCAGCCAGGCCUUGACUAUCUUCCAUAAGCGCGCCCUCAUCGCGCGCCGUAGCUGGCUGAGCCUGACCCUCGCUGUCCUCGUCGCCGUUGCAGGGUCGUGUAUCCCGACUUUCUUCCUCUCCAACCGGACCAAUCAGUCUUGCGUCACCCACUUCCGCACAGUCCCUCAGACGCCUCUAUACCUCCCCACCUCCCCGCUAGGCUUCGUUACCGAAGCAGCUACUGGAUCUCCCGUGCUCGAGUCUCCACCUGGUAUCAUCUCGACCUUGGGCAACUCGACGCAGAUGUUGCUCACGCAGAACAUUCCUGACAACGCAACUUUCGUUAGCACCAUCACCCAGAACUUCCAGAACUUCUCGUUCGGUGGUGUCUCGGUCGACCAGCAGUCUGGGCAAGCCUUGUUUGCAUGGGAGGCGACCCCACCUGGCUUGACGGGCCUGGUCAUGCUUAACUUGGUGUCCAAUUUAUUGUUCAACACGGCGUUGAAUUUCACUGGACAUACGCCCCCUGUGCCUAACAUCAUCCAGGCUAACUACCAGGCGUUCCCUGGCAUCGCGGCGGGGACGCUUGUUGCGCUGAAAUGGGUUGCUUUCUUCGGCGCGGCGAUGGCCGUCUACCCAGCAUUCUUCUCGCUCUACGUCGCGAAGGAGCGGCGCUCGGCGGUACAGGCCAUGCAGCUCUCCAAUGGGCUGUCGGACCCCGUCGGACUGUGGCUUGGACACUUGCUCUUCGACUCUAUCUUUGGCGUGGUAGCCGCCACGCUCAUUGUCAUCAUUUUCGCGGCGGUCUCCAAUCAGUUCCAUGGUCUCGGGUUCUUCUGGGUCGUGCUAGUGUUGUACGGCAUUGUAGGUGCAUUGUUCUCAUACUGCGUAUCGCUCGCGGUCGCGUCGCCUCUCGCGGCGUUUGCGCUCUCGGCUGGCUACCAGGUCAUCAUGUUCGUGCUGUACCUCGCAGGGUAUCUGCUCACCCUCACGUACGCGAAGACGUCUGAUGCAGGGACCGAUCUCACAAUUAUUCACUACACCAUGUCGGUCUUAUCUCCUGUUGCCAGUCCCCUUCGAGCCUCCUUCGUGUCCGUCAAUCUCUUCUCUUUGCUUUGCGAUGGUACCUCCCCGGUUACCUCUUCCUCCCUUGGCGACAUUUCGCGGUAUGGGGGCCCGAUCCUGUAUCUGUUCCUUUACGCUUUCGUUCUGUUUGGCAUCCUCGUCUGGGUUGACUCCGGCUCCGUCGUUGUUCUCAAGCUCUCUCAGUUUCGCAAGCAGCCCAUCGUCGGCUCAGGGGCAGCUGUCGCAACAUCGGAAGAGGAGAAGGCGGAUAUCAAGGAUGUUGAUGACGAAGCUGCGAAGGUGACGGAGUCGAACGAUGCGCUCCGCGUCAUGAGCGUCGUGAAGGCGUUCGGCAACGUUACAAACCGCGUUGUGGACAAUGUCAGCUUUGGUGUGUCUCGGGACACCAUUUUCGCACUGCUCGGACCCAACGGAGCGGGAAAGACGACGACCUUCAAUAUCAUACGUGGAGAUGUCGUUCCGGACGAGGGUGACGUCCUGAUCAACGGCGUCUCUAUGAUCCACCAUCCAAGAUCCGCACGACUCUCCCUUGGCGUCUGCCCUCAGUUCACGGCGAUCGACUCGCAGCUAACGGUCCGCGAACAUUUGCUGAUCUAUGGACGGCUGAAGGGCUUGUACCGCGGAGAGGAGCUGAAGUGCAAUGUCGAGAACUUGAUGCGUGCGACGUCGCUGCACAUCUAUGCAGAUCGGCUGGCGAGCAAGUUAUCUGGUGGAAACCAGCGGAAGCUCUCCUUGGCCAUUGCCCUUAUCGGCAAUCCUUCUGUGAUCCUCAUCGAUGAGUUCUCGACCGGCAUCGACGCAAAGAUGAAGCGAGACAUGUGGGGAACCUUGCGAAAUGUGGCAGUCGGAAAGGCAAUCGUGAUCACUACACACUCGAUGGAGGAAGCGUCCGCACUGGCAAACAAGGUCGGGAUUCUGGCCAAGAAGAUGCUAGCGGUCGGAACGACGGACUCGCUCGUAGAGCGCUACGCCACCUACGAAGUCCACUUCUCUUGCCGCACUCGAGAAGAGGUGGUGCACGCGCAGGAGGCCAUGUCUCGUAUACCUGGCGCGCGUAUGGCAGACGAUGUCGCGACGCGCUUCGAGGUGCCUAUAGGUGGUGGUAUGUCUCUUGCACAGCUGUUUGCGGUUCUCUCUGGUGGCGGGUUUGCGGAGUAUACUGUGGAGAGGGCAGGGCUAGAGAGCGUGUUCCUGAAAGUGAUCAGGGAGAACAAUGUACUGGAGGAGGAUACAGACAAGAAGAGGCGGCGGUGGAGGAUGUGUUAACGUUUAUGGUUACGACACGCACGGACACUUUGUUUCUGUGUCCAUGGAUGGAUUGCUCAUAUCUCUCGUAGAUUAUUAAUGCUAUAUAGAACGGAUAGAG